AUGCCUGAGGUAAUUCAUGGCAUGAAUGAAAUUGGUGUCCUGUCGGGGAACCAGGACGAUUCGGCUGCCGAGGAGCAUGCACAUAGCAUCAAGGCCACUGAACCAGAAGGAGGCCAUCACAUGAAAGCGGACGAUGAGAUCACCACGAUUGCAGGAAUUGCUGCUAGACGACAGGAGGGGGACACGGAGCAGAAUUUAAAUCAUCAACCGGAGACAGUCGAGGUUGACGGGGUACACGCUUCUGCGCCCGCGGCAACAACAGACAUCAGCACAUCAACAGAGCCACCGUACUGCAUACUGCCAAAAGGCGAAAAAAUCUCCAUCAUACUCUUGGUCUCAUUUGCGGCCAUUAUCUCUCCCAUCUCCAGUGGCAUCUACUUUCCGGCUCUGAACAAUCUUGCACAGGACUUGAAUGUCUCCAUUUCGCUCAUCAACAUAACCAUCACAACAUAUCUGAUCUUCCAAGGAAUUGCUCCGUCAUUUAUAGCGAACUUUGCAGAUACCCGCGGGCGACGACCCGCCUACCUGAUCUGCUUCAUCAUCUACCUAGCCGCCAAUAUAGGCCUCGCGGUCCAGGAUAGCUACGCGUCACUCUUGGUCCUCCGCUGCCUGCAGAGCUCAGGCAGCAGUGGGACAAUCGCGCUGGGAAGCGCAGUCGUCGCUGACUUGUCAACCAGAGCAGAGCGAGGUAAGUAUAUAGGAUACGCAAGUAUGGGAGUGACCCUGGGGCCUGCUUUGGGGCCAAUCAUUGGGGGUUUAUUGGACCAUUACAUGGGCUGGCGAGCAAUCUUUUGGUUUCUAGUCAUUUUCAGCGGUGUAUUUGGGAUCAUCAUUGCGAUCUUCUUGCCUGAAACCUGCCGCGCGGUUGUGGGCAACGGCUCUGUCCCUGCCGCCAGGUGGAACCAAUCCGGUUGGCAGGUUCUAGGGCGGAAAUGCGGAGCCCGAAAGCAAAAGCCAGAGCCAGACUAUCAGACGAUCGAGAAACGGCGUCGACGCGCCAAUCCGUUGGCGUCGGCCCUGAUCGCGAGAGACAAGGAAGCGCUCAUCAUUCUGAUUUACAGCUCGCUAUUGUUCUCCGGAUACAUGGCCGUCUUGAGCACUUUAACCUCCCAGCUGCAGAGCAGAUUCCAGUUCAAUUCCAUCCAAAUCGGACUGUGCUACCUCCCAGUGGGGAUAGGCAGUCUGACCUCCCGCUGGACGGUAGGACGGAUUCUAGACUGGAACUUUCGCCGAGAAGCCCGACGCCAGGGCCUCCCGAUCGAAAAGAACCGACAGCAGGAUAUCCAGCAUUUCAACAUCGAGGUCGCCCGCUUGGCCGUGACGAUCCCCCUGGUCUAUUGCGCUUGUCUGUGUAUCAUCGCCUACGGCUGGGUCAUGGAGUAUAAGACUGCGCUUGCCGGUCCGGUCGUGAUGCUCUUCUUCAUGGGGCAUCUGAGCUCUGGGUCCUUCAGCACUCUUAAUACAUUGAUUGUGGACCUCCAUCGGCAGAGCCCUGCAACUGCAGUAGCUGCGAACAACCUGUUCCGGUGUCUGCUGGCUGCCGGAGCCGUUGCGGUUGCGGAUCCAUUGAUCCAGCGCAUCGGGAUCGGUUGGACGGCCACGCUUAUUGCGUUUCUGUGGGUUCUUUUCAGUCCGUGUUUGUGGGCUGUGUUUAGAUGGGGGCAUCGAUGGAGAGAGGCGCGUAGUAGCAAUGAAAACGAAGCGAGCCCACCAUAA